UUUAUCGAGGUUUCUGGACAGUUCUUAUGCUCCUGGGAGUGCUCACUAUUGUGAUGGCUAGUUUCUUCAUCAUCUGUGCAGCUCCUUUUGCCAGCCACAUUCUGUACAAAGCAGGAGGUGGCUUUUUCAUCAUUGCUGGUGUCUUGUUUUCGCUGGUAGUCGUGAUGUAUGUCAUCUGGGUCCAGGCGAUGGCUGAUCUGGAAAACUACACAGACAUGAAAAAAAUGGAUUGCCCAGACUUUGCUGUUUAUGUACGUUAUGGCUGGUCUUUUAUGCUGGCUCCUAUAGGAGUGUUUUUUGCUUUAUUAGUGUUCUUAUUGGUAGGGCGUACCAUUUAUUUACACUCAGACUAG